CUGUGGACCUGCAGCAAGAGGGCUGUCGUUGUGAGCAUCUUGUGUGGUGCUUUGCUAACAAUGACGUCGCCACAGGAUGGAGAUGACAGUUUCUCAGAAAAAUCUUCUCACAAAAUAUUUGGCUUUCUGGGCGAGCAAGAAAAGAAGGAUGUUAUGCAAGGUGAUUUGUCCGGUGAACAUAGUCUCAAAUCAAAAGUGAUUCGCAUCUUUGUAUGCUCCACUUUUACGGAUACACAAGUAGAGAGAAAUGUGUUGCUGCAAGAUUUGUAUCCGCAACUGAAGAAACACUGCCAUUCUUAUGGCAUGGAUUUCCAAAUUGUCGACAUGAGAUGGGGUGUGCAAGACGAAGCUGUUGACGAGCAUUUAGUAUCAGAACUUUGCCUUCAAGAAAUUAAACUCUGCCAAGAAAUGUCCAUUGGUCCACAAUUUGUUACAUUUCUUGGUCAGAAGUAUGGCUUUAGACCUCUCUUGGCUGUCAUUCCACAACAAGACUUUGAGUCAAUUAUGACGUGCAUCGAGGAGCCGACAGUCAAAGCAACCCUCCUGCAAUGGUACAAGAAAGACACGAAUGCGGUUCCUGCAGUUUAUGUGCUGCAACCAGUCAGCACCUAUUUGCCAUAUUGUAAUUCAGAGAAGGCAGAUGCACGUGAGCAAGAUCGUCAGAGAUGGAAUGAGCUACAUCGCCUUAUGACAAAUGCUUUGAGAAGAGCUGCUCGAUCAGCAAUCAAGGACAGGCAGCGAAUACGAGCAUUUUUAUCAUCAGUGACUGAGCAGGAGAUUAUUCAAGGAAUUUUUAAUUGUCCCGGCAAUCCCAAUGAACAUUGCUGGUGGUUUAAGAGAGAGAUACAAAACCUAAGAAAAUGUGUGCAUCAAGAUCCAACCACAUAUGUCUACAUUGAUGUUAUACCAGGCACUAAGGAGGCAGAUGCAGAAGCACUCAGUCUUCUUGCUCGUCUGAAGGAGGACAAGAUUCCCGCUAAAUACGUUGGACUCAACAAUUCAAACAUUAUUCCAUACACUAUCAAAUGGCAGAAAGGAGGUAUUGAUCCUGAUGCACAUGAAGAACACAAGCAAUAUGUACAGAAAUUCCGCAAUGAUUUCUAUAUCACUAUGAAAGCAGCAAUUGACUGUGCAUAUCAAGCGUACAAACUUCAAUCUGGAGAUAAUCUCUACCAAGAAGUCCUUCAACACAUCAAGUUUGCCAAGGGAAGACAAAAGUUAUUUCAGGGACGCGAUUGCACCCUAUCUGUGAUAUCAACCUAUUUGAAGUCCAACGAUCAAGUUCCUCUGGUUGUCCAUGGAGAGUCAGGAUGUGGAAAAACAUCAGUAAUGGCUGUUGUUGCUGCUAAAUUACACACAGUCAACCCCAGAUGUGUGAUCAUACUUCGGUUUCUUGGUACAACAGUCGACUCGUCCAGUGCCCGUUUGAUGUUGUCAAGCAUAUGCAGACAAAUCAAUGAAGCUUACAAUGUGUUCUCAUCUAUUCCAGAAAACUACAAAGACCUUGUCACAUGUUUCAUUGAAAAGAUGCAUUUGGCUACUGAAGAGCUACCUCUCUUCAUUUUUCUUGAUUCACUAGAUCAACUGUCUGAAGAAAACGAUGGUCGCCAGUUGUCGUGGUUACCGAUAAAACUUCCACAUCAUGUUCACAUCAUUGUCUCCACUCUUCCUGAUAGAAAGUACAAGUGCUUUCCCGCCUUGCAGAUGAUGAUUAGUAAUCCAGAACAGUUUGUUGAGGUUCCUCGACUUUCCUCAUCUGAAUGUGAGCAAAUAUUUUAUCACUGGCUGCAACAAAGCAACAGAACGCUCACAGACACACAAAAAGGCUUAGUUCUUAAUGCCUUUAAACACUGUUCACUGGCAUUGUUCUUGCGACUGGCAUUUAAUGAAGCCAUCCAAUGGAAGUCGUAUGCUCGAGUUACUGAGUUGUCCCUUCCAACAAAUGUCAAGUCAAUGAUCAACAUGCUGUUUGAUCAUUUGGAGAUAAGGCAUGGCUAUAAGCUAGUCAAACACGCUCUCGGAUACAUUACUGCAGCUAAUAUGGGCAUUUCAGAAGCAGAGCUAGAGGACAUGCUGUCAUGUGAUGAUGAGGUUUUAGCUGAAGUUUACAAAUACUGGACACCACAAACGCAUCGUUUGCCACCUCUUAUAUUUUCACGUAUCCGUUAUGAUCUUGGCGAGUUCAUUGUUGAACGAGCUGUUGGCAGUGGUACUCAAGCUCUCUGUUGGUAUCACAGACAAUUCCACGAAGUAGCAACAGAACGAUAUCUUGUAGAUGUUCAAUUUCGAUGUCAUCUUCAUUCUGCUGCUGCUGAUUGCUAUCUGGGAAAGUGGGCAGGAGUGAAGAAGCAAUGGUUGGACACAGACGAGGCAUACGAUCGAAUGGUUGGUCAUCAACCACUCGUGUUUGGAGAUGGUGUCAACACUCACUACAACUACAGGAAGAUGAGUGAGCUGCCAUGGCAUCUGGUACAUGCAAAGAGAUUCGACGAAUUGCACACACUAAUUCUUACCAAUCUGGCAUGGCUGCAAACAAAACUGUGUGCAAUGUCGUUGCCUGCUGUCAUUGCUGACUUUUCCUAUGUCGUGCCUACUGUAUCAACAACAAGGCCCGAUUCUCAAGGUGUGUCUGAGUUAAGUCUCAUUCUUGAGUGUCUACAACUGUCUGCCAAUGCUAUUGGACUCAACAGCGACCACUUGACAUCUCAAUUGGUUGGCCGUCUCAUGCUCUUGUCUGUUGACCAGAACAACAGCUCUUUGCUUCAGAAAUUGUUUGACCAAGCUGUCAGAUUGGAUGGCCCCAUCAUUCUUCCUAUUUUGCCUUGUUUUCCAGCUCCUGGAGGUCCCCUGAAGGCCUCUCUGGAAGGCCACACUAAUUUUGUCAGCUGUCUAGCUAUUGCAAAACGACCCCGACAGUCUGGAAAUGGAGAUGAGCUAGUUGUCAUGUCAGGCUCUUGGGAUCAGACCGUACGGGUUUGGAACGUUGACAAAGGCAGCACGACAGAACUCCUGACAGGGCACACUGACUGGGUGACUGACGUAGCUGUACACAAAAACGGUUUGUUUGGAAUUUCGUCAUCUGCUGAUGGAACUGUGAGACACUGGAAUCUGUCGACUGCCGAUUGUCUUGGCGUUCUUCGUGCUAAUGCGGGCGCUGUUAAUGCUGUUGUUAUGACAAGUGACGGUUUCAAAGCCAUUUCGGCUGGCAAAGAUAAACAGUUGAAAGUAUGGCAUGUUGAUCCACAAAGCAGGACAUACGGGGAAAUGAUUUUUUCUCUGUCUGGUCAUCAGCAUCAUGUUACUUGUCUGGCCCUCGGCAGUGAUGACAACACAAUUAUUUCUGGCUCUAAGGAUAAAUCAGUUCGAGUGUGGAAUCUCAAGCUUGGCAAUUUAGUUAAGACACUUGAAGGGCACACAGCAACUGUGACAUGUGUGGCAAUUCAGGACAACAUUGAAUGUUGUAGAGUUGUAUCUUGUUCAGAUGACAGAAUGAUCCGAGUGUGGGAUAUUACGACUGGAUCGGUUCUCCACACCCUCAAAGAUCAUCAAGAUCGUGUUCAAGCUGUAGCAAUUAGUGUGUCAGGUCUUAUCGUGUCUGGUGCUGUAGACAAAACAGUGAGAGUGUGGCUCCCGGAUAGUGAUCGGUGUGUACGUGUCUUUGAAGGCCAUCGAGGAGCCAUCUGUGGGAUAGCAAUCACAAACGACUCACAACUGGCUAUUUCAGCAUCUGCUGAUGACACAUUGCGUGUGUGGGAUGUUCAGGCAGAAUCUCCUUUGUACAAACUGCCAUCUCACACAAACACAGUUACCGACAUAAAGACUGACCCAUUAGACAAAUUUGUUUUUUCAUCAAGUUUGGAUGGCACAAUACAAAUUUAUUCAUUUGCUGAUCAUUUUCAGUCAGUCGAGAUUUUGGGAAACCAUGGCCGAAGUGUUGAGUGUGUUGCACUGUCACAUGACGGUCACUUGCUAUUGUCGGCAUCAUCUGAUCAUAAUUUGAAGCUGUGGGAUGUAAAGAAGCAUACUGAGUUGCGAACUUACUGUAAACAUGCUGAUUGGGUGAAUGCCAUUGUGUUUACUGACGACGAUCAUCACUGUGUGUCAGGGUCUGAUGAUAAAACAGUUGUUGUGUGGGAGGUGGCUACCGGUAGAGCCAUCAGGUCACUGAGUGGCCACAAAGCGGCUGUGAAGUCAGUGUCCUAUCUUCAGACUGAGACACAUCAUUUGAUUGUGUCUGGCUCAUGUGACAGAACUGUCCGUGUGUGGAAUCUACUGAAUGGAAGUCAACUUCACAUUCUUUCUGGUCAUGGAAACGAUGUUCGUUUUGUUGCUACUGCACUUGCCGGGGUAUAUGGUCCUGUCGUUGUUUCGACAUCGCGAGACAAGACUGCCAAGCUCUGGAGCCUUGAAACGGCUGUGUGUAUUAGGACUUUCUAUGGUCACCAGUUGCCUGUCAACUCAGGUUUGUUAUUGAAAGAUGGACUUCACCUACUAACAGCAUCGUCAGAUAAGACCAUACGUCUUUGGAGCAUCGAGAGCGGAGCUUCACUUGCAAGCUUCUAUGCUGAGAGUGGAGUGACAUGCUUGGCACUGGCAGCUGAUGAACACACAGUCAUAUUUGGAACUAAUAAUGGCUGGAUCAGCAAUGCUUGGCUAAGACUGGCUGGCUGUAAUAACCCACUUCCCAUUCCAAAUCUUGAGAAAUAUAUCAAAGUUGCUGCUCACAAACAUCAGGUUUUUGGAGUGAGUGCUUCAGAUAAGUCUGAAGGUCAAAGGUUUGCUCUAUCAACAUCCGAUGAAGUAACAUCACCUCUUACUAUCAAAUCAGAACUGGCCAAGAGGGAGGAGACAACUCUUGGCCAUUCUCAGGAAGAAGAUGUUGUUUCAUUUCCAACGUCUCGUGCUCAAAGAGCUGAAGAAUUGGAGUUAGCUAAAACAAGAAUGAAGAUACCAUCUGACACAGAGGUUCACAGUCGUGAAGUUUCUCAAGUUUCCCCACGUGUCGUCAGCCAACAGCCGCAAACAUCAUUUUCAUGUGCUCUCCUGUGA